AUGGCAACUGCGGCUUGUUGGGCUUUGCUUGGCUGGCUUUUGCUGGAGAGCGUUGUUGCUUCCACUGGUGCGACGACGAAGGUGCCAUUGCAAAGACAGGACCUCACGAACUUCAAUACCACGGACCUGGCCCAGCGCAUCAGGACGCGUCGAAAAAACCGUGCGGCUGCAUCCUUCCUCUCGCGUUGGUGGCCAGCGCCAGUAGUGGAUGCACAAGAGGAGGAGGAGGCGGUUGAGAGGCUGAGAAACCACAAGAACUUGCUCUACGUGGGGAAGGUUGAUAUUGGAGAGCCUGCACAAGAGGUCACCCUGGUCUUCGACACAGGCUCCUCCGAUCUGUGGGUCUCGGACAAGGCCUUCACGGAGCAGCAGUCCUACACGUGGCAACCCACGGACUACAACGUCGCCAUCAUGUACGGCUCGGGCUCUGUUGCAGGCUAUUACGGCACCGACAAGGUCUGCCUCCAACCCUCGUCCUUGCCAUGCAUCCCAAGGCAGCCGAUCAUGUUGGCCACUGUGACCUUGCAGAUUCAGCUGGACUACAUGGAUGGCAUCCUGGGGCUCGGCUUCGUGGGCAUCUCCCACGUGCAUCGCACCUUCCUGCGGAACCUCAAUGAGAGCUUUCAGGAUUUGACCUUUGCCUUCCAGCUGCGGCCGGACCAUAGCGAGGGAGGCUCUUUCGUGUACUUUGGUGAGUUCGACGAGGUGAUGGCGCAGGGCUUCCUGGAGACCGGGAUUGCCAAGGAGCAGGUGCUCCACGCCCAAGUGCUGGACCUCUUCAAGAUCCCGGACAUGCAGCACCUGCAAGCUGGUUGGUGGCUGGCGGAGCUCCGGGCCAAGGUCAUGGGACAGCCCAAGAACCUGACAUCGCUGCGGUUUCGCUUCCUUCUCCACAGCUGGCUUCUAGUGGCUUUCCUUUUAACCUGUGCGUACCUGAGCCAGAGGUACUGCAAGAUCUACUACAAGGGCACUGGGCGACCCUGCUGUGACUGCUGUUGCAGCACCCUGUGGUGCCUUUGCUAUUUGCUGGGUGCGAUUUAUCUCAUCAAUUUCUUCGUCGUGGUGUUUUCGGUGGGCGAUUGGAUGGAGAGGCCGGUGCUUGCAGCCUUCGAUACUGGCACUUCGCUCAUCUCUAUGCCUACAGCUGACUUCUUGUCCGUGGCCUCGACCAUGUUCGGCGAGAAGUACUUCACCGACUGCGAGGUGGUGCGGGGCAACCUGGUCUGCGACUGCAGCAUUGCUCCGAAGGUGAGGCCUUUGGUCUUUGAGUUUCCAGCUGGGGGGUCCAUCGUCUUGAGGCCCAGCGAGAUGUUCGUCAAGGUGGGUCAGACACAUGACAUGGAGCUCUGCUUGACGGGCCUAGCUGCGAAUCCACAACCCAUUUGGAUCUUGGGAGAUGUCUUCCUCCGACAGGUCUUUGCGGUGCAUGCCUUCAAGCGAAGAGAGGUGGCUCUCUUCCCUUAUCAUCCUGAGAAGGUGGCUGAGACCCUCGAGACCUGGGGGGCUGAUGAGGGUGGAGCGGCCACCACCGUGGCUGCAGUGGCCACACUGGUGGCGGCGGUCUCGGCGCUCUGGGCACUGCGGCGCGGUAAGGAGCCAGAGAAGAUGGCGGAACCACUGCUGCCGCCCAUCCGACCGGAAGUCAGCUGA